AUGAUUUCCUUGAUUCUCACUGCAGAUCUGGAGGGUGUCACUGCCCUCCAGCCGACCGAUACCCCCGAGAACCCUUAUUUCUACACUUUCCGGGUGCAAUGCAACUCGUGCCACGAGGUGCACCCGAACUGGGUCAGCUUCAACCGCUUUGAGCAGCACGAAAUCCCCGGUAGCCGGGGUGAGGCAAACUUUGUGUGGAAAUGCCGGCUCUGCACGCAAACUCACUCGGCCUCCAUCAUCGCCGGCCCAAACACCGUGCAGCCCCAGGACAAGCGCAAGGGCCAGAAGGUCAUUGACAUGGACUGCCGUGGUCUUGAGUUCAUCGAGUUCAAGCCUGAUGGCGAGUGGGAGGCCAAGGGCGCCGAGUCGUCCACCUUAUUUGCUGGGAUUGAUCUCUCUGAUGGCGAGUGGUACGACUAUGACGAGAAGACCAGCGAGGAGGUGAGCAUCAAGGAGAUCAGCUGGGACGUGGGCCGAACUUGA